AUGGAUUUUGAGGUUUCGUCCUGGUUUCAAUCAGUUCUCGGUUUCUUGUUCUUCGCUUUGACGACUUCUUUUUUCGUUGCAUCUAUUAUGGUUUUUGUUUUAAGAUUGAAACCAUGUUGCAAAUGUGAAACCUGCCAGACUUUUCUUACUUCGAGUUGGUUAAGGAAAUUCAGUAACCUCUGUGAUUGGUAUUCUCAUCUUCUGCAAAAUUCUUCCACCGGAACAAUUCAUGUUCAUGUACUAGGUAACAUAAUCACAGCCAACCCUGAAAACGUUGAAUACAUUCUGAAAACACGCUUUCAGAAUUACCCAAAGGGGAAGCAUUUUUCUGCUAUUUUGGGUGAUCUUUUGGGAAGAGGGAUAUUCAACGUUGACGAUGAUUUAUGGAAGUUUCAAAGGAAAAUGGCGACUUUAGAACUUGGGAGUCUUUCUGUAAGAUCAUACGCUUUUGAUAUCGUUUCUUCAGAGAUUCGGUGUAGGCUGAUUCCUCUAUUAUCUUCUGUUGCUGGUAAAGACAAUGGUGUUCUUGAUUUGCAAGACGUGUUGCGAAGAUUUUCAUUUGAUAGUAUAUGCAGAUUUUCAUUUGGUUUGGAUCCUGGUUGCCUUAACUUAUCACUGCCCAUUUCGAAAUUUGCUGAGGCAUUUGAUCUUGCAUCAAAGUUAUCUGCAGAAAGAGCAAUUACAGCAACUCCUUUCGUCUGGAAACUCAAAAGGUUUUUCGGAUUUGGAACGGAGAAGCAACUCAAAGAAGCGAUAAAAUUAGUCGAUGUUCUGGCCAUGGAGGUCAUAAAGCACAAAAGAGACAUGGGUUCCAAUCAAGAAGACCUUUUGUCAAGAUUCAUGAGCACCGUUGAUGAUGACAAGUUCCUAAGAGACAUUGUAAUAAGCUUUCUUUUAGCAGGCCGCGACACAGUGGCUUCGGCCCUAACAACUUUUUUUUGGUUGUUGUCAAGUCAUCCAGACUGCUUGGAGAAUAUUCGAGGAGAAUCAGACCGUGUCAUGGGACGAACCCAAGACCUCCCGAACUUCGAGCAACUAAAAAAAAUGCCCUAUUUACAAGCAGCAGUUCAUGAGAGUAUGAGGCUAUAUCCACCAGUGCAAUUUGAUUCAAAAUUCUGUCAGGAAAAUGAUAUUCUCCCUGAUGGGACAUUUGUUGCCAAAGGCACUAGGGUUACCUACCACCCAUAUGCAAUGGGCAGAAAUGAAAGAAUUUGGGGUUCAGAUUGUCUUGAAUUUAAGCCAGAAAGGUGGUUACAAAAUGGGGUUUUCAAGCAGGCUAAUCCCUUUAAGUACCCAGUCUUUCAGGCUGGACCAAGAGUUUGUUUGGGCAAAGAAAUGGCACUUGUGGAGAUGAAAUGUGUUGCUUUGUCUUUGAUUAGAAAGUUUGAUUUCCACAUGGCAACGCCGAGUCAGCAGCCGAAGUUCAUGCCAGGUCUCACUGCUACAGUCCGAGGUGGUCUACAAGUUCUAAUUCAAGAGAGAGGGUCCCAACCGUGA